UGAGCAGUCACAACACAACAAACUUUGGAACACAGAGUCCGCGAAAGUUCACCAGCACCAACACCAUGUCUGUUAGCAACGAUCUCGUCUGGCAAGUUAUCCGCGAUAACAACAAGUUCCUCGUCAAGCGUUCCGACUUCGGCGGUAUCCAAUUCAACCGUGAGCCCUUGAACGCUACCGGCAAGAACGCUCAACGCUUCUCCGGUCUUGCUAGCGACAAGGCUGCCGGCGUCGUCGCCAACAGCCCCCGUGGUGUUGCUUUGAUCACCAAGACUGGUGUUAAGAACGCUCAAAAGCCCGCCAAGUUGUACCGCACUGACGUCUUCGCCAAGUCUUCCACUCGCAAGACUUACAAGGCUAUUGCCAACCGCGUCGCCAAGAACGGUUACCGCACUGACCUCUUGAGAGCCUCUGUUGCCCGUGCUUCCAUCCUCUUGGCCGCUCAACGUGCCCAAAAGUCUGCCUAAACAGGUCGCUCUGGAUGAGUAGUGUUCAAUAACAAAAUUCUUGCCGUGAA